AUGGCAGCAGCCCAAGCUCGCAGCAUGUGGCCACAGUUGUCUGUGAAGGAGGAUGCUCCUGUCAAAGUGCUACGUAAUUCACUGGUGGUUGGCGCGUUGGGUGGCGUGUCAGGGACGGUCGUGUCUGUGUUGCGUGCAUCGCAAAUUGAACCCGUCGUGGCUGCAUGGCGUAUGUCGAAGGGCUGGUUUGCUUUUUCGUUUGGUUUUUUUGUGCUUCGUGAAUAUGUAAUGCAGCCAUGGACAUGCCAUGUGUGGCCGAUGUGUGAACAGCGGGGGCACUUUGAAAACAUCCCGUCGACCUUCUUUAGCGGUGCCACGAUCGGGGUUUUGGCUGCCUUGUGGCUCCGACGUCCUGUCGUGCCAGGCGCAAUUACGAUGUCUGGUCUUUGUACGACAGUGCAGCUCGGCUUUAAUGAACUCAAGCUCGGCGCACAAAGAUGGAUUGAGCCGUCGCAUCGUCCCGACCAUUCAGAAUCCAUCGAGGUGCGCGAACAGACCAAGGCACCAACCGUUCGACCAGACGACCCAAUACACCAAGCGCAGCCGCUCCAUCAGCCAUCGACAUCAUCCUGGUUGAGUCGAACCAAGGAAGUUCUUCAAAAGCACAGCCCCAUUCAACCUAUCACGGAUGAAGACUACCGGAAACGAUUGGAAGAACGCUUGCGAGAAAUUGACGCUGAGCUUCACUUGCUGGAAGAAGAGCUUUCUGAGCGACGCAAGGUAUUCCCUACUUCAUGA